AUGUCUUCGUAUAGCUCUGCAUCAAAUGUUCACAGUCCUGAUUUUUGUGGUUGCGGUUUGAGUCCAGUGCUGAGGACGUCGUGGACCGACAAGAAUCCUGGGAGGAGAUUCUGGGGUUGCUCCAUGUACAUGAAGAACCGUAGGAUGGGAUGCAACUUUCACCAGUGGCAUGACCCUCCUGUUUGUGGUAGAUCUCGAAAUAUUAUCCCUGGCUUGUUAAAAAGAAUCGAAAGAUUGGAAUGUGAAAUCGAGAAGCGUGGUCGAAACGAGAGGAGAAUGAAGCAAUGGCUGUGUGCUUUAGCAGUUUUAGUUGUGUUGUUGUUCUGGCAUUGUAUUAGUAUGAUGUAUUAG